AUGAGCUUAAGAAAGGGUGGGAUAGUGUCGGGUGGGUGGCAAUCAGAUGGGGGUGAAGAUGAGGAUGGACCAGCGCUGCUCUGGUUGAUGCCCCAUGCACCUGCUCUACUUCUCUCCUUUUCGCCUUCUCAUUCCCCCACGCUCACUAGCCCCCCUCUGCUUACCAACUUCAACAUGCUCUUUCCACAAUACGGCCCCUCUCCCCUCGUUCCCCUCAUUGCCUUGUCCUGUGCUUCCUUGCUCUCCAUCUCAAUUCCCUGUCCCUACACACCCCUCCCCCACCGACUCAUCCCGCUUCAACCCACCCACUCCCACCCUCUCCCCAGCCCCUCCCACCCGCCUGUUUUCCCUGUGUAUUUCCCACACCCUUCUUCCAUCAACGGCACCCUACCCACUCUUCUUGGAGGCCUAUUAAAGCUGGAAUCCAUUGACCUGAGCAACAACCGUCUGCAUGGAACCAUCCCCACUCAGUACACCGGCCUUGUCCGCCUCACUCUCCUCAACCUGCGCAACAACCAGUUGACAGGCCCCGUACUGGAGCCCAUCCCAUCAAACCUCACCGUCUACAAUCUCGACAACAAUUACCUCUCCUCAGGCUUCUCCUCCCCGCCCAACUGCUUCCAAGGCGUCAUCUCCUUCCGCUUCAACUGCCUCGAAACCCCCACUGAAGGCUUCUCCUGCCCCACGCCUGCCACGCCCUCUGCUGCGGAUGCAGCAGUGCAGCGGCCGGAGGAGCUCUGUGGUGUGUUUUGCGGCGUGAGUGCUGCCGAUCCCCCGUGCGGCGGGCAUGGCUCGUGCUACAUGGACGGGCCCAACAGAGUGCCCACGUGUGACUGCCACCCCGGAUUUGUCAACGGGAAGUUGCCUGGAAGCUGCGUCCCUGAAGGAAGCCAGGAGAGUGGCCCAGUACUCGUGCAGCCAACAGCAGCACAGACAGCAGUGAAGGGAGGGGCGGCAGUGGCAAACGACGGUCGCAUCACACUUACAGCCUCACAGCCCAACACGUGGGGUGCAGCGUUCCUCCAACUGCCCAUCCCACUCUUCUCCUUUGCCCUCAAGGCUGGUGCAUGCGGCCGCCCAUGGGCCUUCACCGUCUAUUUCUCCUUCUCCAUUUUCAAACCAGCCACCUCCCGCAGAGCAGCAGCCACAGCGGCGGGUGACGCAGGGGAUGGGUUUGCAUUUGUGAUUGCAGCCAGUGACACUGCUACAGGUGGUAGCAGCGCCAGCAGCGACGGCAGUGGUGGGGGCGGCAGUUUGGGGUAUGCAGGCAUGGAUGAGCGCAGCAUUGCAGUGGAGUUUGACACUGCUAAGAGCACCGAUGCCAACGACCCGAAUAAGAACCACGUGGGACCAAAGCACGCAUGGAUCGUCUUCAAUCCUUCCCCUUCCUCCUCUGCCAGCACUGGCUAUGGCAGCAGCUGCAGCAGUGGCUCGGGGCGGCUGCGGGUGUUUCUGUCGGCCAAGGCGCCCCCCCGGCCGAGCAAGGCAGUGGUGGCAAUGCAGGUGUCGCUGUGCGAGUUCCUGCAGCCCACUGCAGAGGAGGUGUCGUUCCUCAUGGGCUUCUCUGCUUCCUCCUCUGACUCCCCGCAGCUCCACUCCAUCCUCGCCUGGAACAUCACCACAGGUACUUACUUCUCCUCCUUGAAGCUCUCUGAUGUUCCAUCCCUGUCGCUCUGUCUCCCGGAAUCAACCACUCUUACAGGCCAGCAAUUUGGGUUCCGUUUCAGCGAGUCAUCGCUGGCACCAGUGGGGGCGAACCUGUUUUUCCGCUACGCCAGUGUGGGCAUGCAGGCAGUGCAGCCCGCAGGAGGAGGAGGGGGCGGGGAGGAGGUGUGGGUUCUAACAACUGGGAAUUCACAAUUAUGGGCAGCACAGAAGCCCACCUUAAGCUCUCACAUCUUCAACCUCUCACUCCUUCCACUCCCCGCCUCGCCCCUCCUAGGCGACUGCUGGGCAUACGCAGUGGUGGGAAGUGUAGAAGUGGCCUACAGCAUUCUCUUCAACCUCUCCGCCGUGCCGCUCCUCUCUCACACCCAACUGCAUGAAGCCCUCGGCUCCUCAUGCUCGCAAGGAAACUCGCCCUCCCAGGCCUUCCAGUACCUCGUCACCCUCAACGCCAAGAGCAAAGCGGGGCUCGCAGAGGAUGGGGCUGGGGUGGUGGUGAGAGGGGGCGUGGGCAGGAAGAGAAGCGGCAAGAGCCCGCUCUAUUGCAUGGCAGUGCUCGGCCUCCAUGUUGUCGUCAUCCCUUCACCACCUCCUACAUGGCCCUAUCCCUCCUCUCCUCCCCACCCCCCACGGCAGAGCAAGCUAUUAGGGGGUCCGUUCAGAGUGGACGGGUUUGAGCGGACGGCGUUCCAUGGCUGGUUUGGGCUGCUACUGGCCGCGCAGCGACAGCCCGUGGUGGUGCACGUGCAGGCCACCGCCCCCUCCUUCCUACACCACGAUGGGCUCUCCAAGUACGCGGACCAGUCCUGCUUCACGUACAACCUGAACCACGUGGUGCUGCUGGUGGGCUAUCGCCUCACAGGCUCAGACCCCACCUUCCCGCACAUGGCGCCGCCCUUCUGGAUCAUCCGCAACUCAUGGGGCCCAGAGUGGGGCGACGGCGGGCACAUGCGGAUGGACAUCCAGGGGGGCGACGGCGUGUGUGGGAUCAACACGCUGCCUGGGAUCUACCCGGUGGUGCACGCUGCCAAGGACCCCUGCAACGUGAACGGCACCACCAGUGGGAUGUUUGGGCCACUCUUCAACCCGUGUGGCAACUUCACGUGCACGCCCACGCCUGAUGGGGCCAGCAACCACUGCGACUGCAACGACCCGCGAUUUGUCGAGGCGCUUCAACCGGACAACUCCCGCACCUGUGCUUACAGUGAGCGCCCUCCCCUGUGCUUACAAGCAGCGUUGCACAAUCCGUGUGCGGUGGGCACGUGUGUGAAUGAUGGAGAAGGGUCGUACUCGUGUGUGUGCCCUCCGGGCUUCAGGCAGGGCACCACUGUUGAAGGCACCUUCUCUUGUGCUCUAGGUGACUCCAGUAGCACAUACACGGUGGUGUCAUGGGGUGUCACGUGUGCCGACAUCCACCCUGUCUACGGCCUCGCUCUCGCUCAACUGCUAGCCCAGAACCCCGGUCUGAGCUGUAGCGCUCCUCUUGCUAUCGGCACGGUGGUGAACAGGGUCCAGCCAGCCGACCUCACUCCUUGCUCCGUCUACUACACCACGUCAGAGGGCGACACAUGUGAGUCGCUAGCCACCUACUUCUCCCUCACCGCCGGCUGCCCCACUCCCACUGAGCCCUGCGCAGCAGCCUUCCAGGCGCUCAACCCCGGGCUGGACUGCUCUGGUGACAGCAACGGGGUGCUGCUGCCCAGCCAGGCGGUGUGUGUGGAGCGGCGGGCGGAGAGUGCAGCGGCGCUGCUCAUCCCGGUGUGCUCGCAGUUCUAUCUGGUGCAGGCCGGGGAGACGUGCAACCAGAUCCGCUCCGUGCCCUCCCCGCCGCUCUCCCCUCUCGAGUUCUUCCGCCUCAACCCUGGCAUCAAGUGCAGCCGCCUCGUGCCCAAGACUGACGUUGGCAGCAUUACAGGCUUCGAGACCAUGAGAACCAUCUGUGCUGUGCUGUCUGCCGCCGCUCAUUCAGCAUGCAUGCACACACACCUCCAAUUUCACCUCACCGUCAUGUAUCUUUGUGCAGCUGGUUACUUACCUACCUACGUACUUACCACCUCCAUGCAUUUCUCCCCUUGCACUCUCUCACCCCCUCUUUCCCCCUGCCCCCGCCCUCUCCCCCCUCCUCCCCACCCGCACUUGACUGCACGGCAAGUGCAGGCGUGCAUAGGCAGCUCAUUCAGCUUCAUGCAAGGAGUGUGCCCCAAGACUCGUGCGUACGUGGUUGGGAUUGGCGACCGCUGCACUGGCCUGCAGGUCAAGUACUUCCAUGGAAUCAAAGGGUGCUACAGGAAGACCAACGGCUACGAUUGCAUCGAUAAGCUCGUCAAGUCGACCGGAGUGUGCAUUCCGGACCAAGUGAAGAUCAAGGCCGGGAAAUGCGAACCUUGA